UGCAAGUAGUCUUUAUCUGGGUGUGAUUGCAUACAGAACGUGUUGAUCUCGGUUUUAAUAAAAAUAAACUUGAACAAAUUUCAUCAUAUUGAUUACAAAACAAACUGACCAAAAGAAUGAAUAAUUCUAUAGAAUUCGACGAUGACACCAUUACCGGUUUUCCAAUUCAGAUCGUUUUACCCAACCAAAUUGACGAAACAUUUCAGUUUGAGAAAAAACCUCUCGAGCAAUUGCUAAAUUCCGACGACAUUAAAGACCAUCAAAUUGUUGUUGUUUCCAUUGCCGGUGCAUUGCGGAUGGGAAAAUCUUUUUUGCUGAAUUUUUUCCUGAAAUAUUUAUACGCCAAAUACAAACGGAAUAACGUAGAGGAUUGGAUUGGAGAGAACAAAGAUUGUGACCAGUUUGGAUUUAAAUGGCGAGGAGGUCAAAACCCAGAAACAAACGGCCUUUGGAUAUGGAGUGAAAUAUUCACUCACGAAAAUAAUGGUGUUAAAAUAGCAAUCAUAUUGCUAGACACUCAAGGCAUUUUUGAUGAUACGAGUGGCAUGAAGACAUGUACUACAAUUUUUGCAUUAAGUACAUUGAUUUCAUCCGUUCAAUGUUACAACAUCAUGCGCAGUAUUAAAGAAGAUGACCUCCAGCAUUUGGAGUUGUUCACUGAAUACGGCCGACUUCUUUUGGAGUCAUCGGAUGAAACUCCGUUUCAAAAAUUAAUCUUUAUCGUCCGUGAUUGGCCAUAUGCAUGCGAAACGGAUUUCGGAUGGAAUAACGAAGUUAUUGACAAGAAACUUGCCAAUAGUCGAGAAAGAACAGCUGAAAUGAAUAGUUUACGAAAACGGAUUCGUUCAAAUUUUGACGAAAUUAAAGCGUUUUUAUUGCCUUAUCCUGGUGGAGAAGUGGCAGAAAGUGACAAAUUCGAUGGAAGUUUACAACAAAUUAAGAAAAAUUUCAUAACAAAUGUUAAGGAAUUAGUGCCAGAUAUUCUAGCACCAAAAAAUCUCGUCGUCAAGAAGAUCAAUGGCCAACCGAUUCGAGCUGGCAAAUUGGUACAUCUUUUGGAAACAUAUAUUAAUGUUUUCAAUAGUAAUAAGUUACCGGAACCAAGAACCGUUUACAUGGCAACGGUUGCAUACACAAACACUGAGUUGUGUAGAGAUUGUAUGGCAUUUUAUGAAAAUGCUAUUCAGAAACAAAUCAAAGAAUGGUCAACAUUUAUCGAAGUCACCAAAUUGGACGAAUUCCAUAAAGAUGCCAAAUCGAAUGCAUUAAAAAUGUUCGAUGGUGCCAUGAAAAUGGGUGAUCGGAAUACUGUGUCGUAUUUUAAAGACACGUUAAAAGAAGAGAUCAAGAAGAGGUUCAAAGAGAUCAAAUAUGAAAAUGAACUAAAGCGCGAAAAUAAUGUCAAUUCUUUACGAAAAGUGACGGCUGGUGCUGCUUUUGGUGCUGUUGCUGUUGGCAUUGCAGUUUUUGGUAUGGCUGCCGUUUUGCCUUUUGCUGGUCUAGCUAUUUUGUGAAUGGGACUCACUCGGGCUCUCUGAUAUAUUUUAAUAUUAACUCGUAGUACGCACAAAUAUUAUAAAUAUUUGAAAUAGUAUAAGAUUAGAAGGCUUAUUCAUAUAUCAAUAUAUUUUACCAUAGCAUAUUAGAAUUUUUGUGACUGCCCUGUGUUUUGUCUGUUCCUUACAUAUUAUGGAAUAUAUGUUAUACGAGUAAUAACAUUAAAAAUUCGAAAUCAAUGAACACUCAAAGUAUUUGACAAAAGUGUUUUAAAAGAUUUGAUACUUUAUCUCUAUCACUCAUUUGAAAUAAAAAUAUAAAUUUUAGUAGUAAGUACUAUUAUAUACAAAAACUAUUACGGAUUAAUUAA